AUGACCAGGUCCAAGUUCCACUGGCUGCUCGUGGGAGUGGGACUCGGCAUCCUGGUCACAGUUCGCACGUCGCAGCACCGACUCCAGAGCGUGGUGUCCGACCUCUCACAGCAGGUUCUGGCUUGGAGCUACUCAGGUGUCGACGAAGUAGCGCUCGGUACAUCGGAGUCACCGGAGGUCACGUCAAUUUCGACGACCCGGGCAUCGAGUUCGCCGUCUGCGUCGGAUGUAGGGCCUACAGAGGAGGAGGAGCUUCCCUGCGGUCAUUUGCCCAUCGACGACUGGGAUCAGGCCCAGCCAG